CUGUAUUUCUGUCAUGAGGCUGCUGUGGAAGUACAUGGAUAAGAUGAGGUGCUUUCGGAAGCGAUUGACUAUCCCUUUUUUGGGGAUCCUUAUUACAUGCCUCCUUUUUGUAAACCUCUAUAUGGAGGAUGGUUACGUUUUGGAAGAGGAUAAGAGGCAGCUGCGGGAAACAUCAAUACAUCCGCUUAACUCAGAAAGAUAUGUCCACACAUUUAAAGAUUUGUCUAACUUCUCAGGUGCAAUAAAUGUUACCUAUCGCUAUCUUGCUGGUUCACAUUUACCUAGAAAAAGAUACCUAACAAUAGGGUUGUCAUCUGUCAAAAGAAAAAGAGGAAAUUAUGUACUAGAAACAAUAAAAUCUAUCUUUGAUCAGUCCAGCUAUGAGGAACUGAAGGAGAUUGUUGUGGUUGUUCAUCUUGCAGAGUUUGAUCUGGAUUGGUGUGAAAGCUUAGUCCAGGAUAUCACCAGAAAGUUUGCCCACCAUGUUAUAGCCGGGAGGCUACUGGUUAUCCAUGCUCCAGAGGAGUACUAUCCAGUUUUAGAUGGGCUUAAGAGAAACUACAAUGACCCAGAGGAUCGUGUCAGGUUUAGAUCAAAACAAAAUGUAGACUAUGCUUUCCUUUUAAACUUUUGCAGCAAUCUCUCAGAUUACUACAUGAUGCUUGAGGAUGACGUCCGUUGCUCAAAAAACUUUUUAACUGCCAUGAAAAAAGUUGUUACCUCAAGAGAAGGAUCAUACUGGGUGACACUAGAGUUUUCUAAGCUGGGAUACAUUGGAAAACUGUACCACUCCAAUGAUCUCCCUCGACUGGCCCGCUUCCUGUUGAUGUUCUACCAAGAGAUGCCUUGCGACUGGCUUCUCAUCCAUUUCCGGGGACUUCUCGCACAGAAGGAUGUCAUUCGUUUUAAGCCAUCUCUGUUUCAACAUAUGGGGUACUAUUCCUCCUACAAAGGAGCUGAAAAUAAAUUAAAGGAUGAUGACUUUGAAGAAGACUCCUUUGAUAUUCCUGAUAACCCACCUGCCAGUCUAUAUACAAAUAUCAAUGUUUUUGAAAACUAUGAUGCCACCAAAGCUUAUAGUAGUGUGGACGAGUACUUCUGGGGCAAAUCACCUUCCACUGGAGACUUCUUCAUAAUUGUGUUUGAUAAAUUAACAAAGCUCACCAAAAUAAAAAUUACCACAGGAACAGAUGACCGGCAAAAUGAUAUUUUGCAUCACGGGGCAUUAGAAGUUGGAGAGAAAGUGAUUGGGACCAAAAAAGGCAAGCGAUGUUCCACUUACAUAACCUUAGGAGAAUUUAAGAACGGGCAAGUUGAAGCCCAGGAAAUAGAGCAUAAAAUUACAUUUGACAUUGAAUGUGUAAGAAUUGUUGUCACAGCCAGUCAAAAAGAGUGGUUGAUAAUAAGAAGUAUAAGCCUCUGGACUACACAGCCACCAAAUCAAUAAGCACACAUGACAGACUGCAAUCAUUUCAGCAAGGCAAUAUAUAAGAAAUAUUUAUCAUGCUUUCUAAUUCUUUUCCUCUGGGUGAAUCUUAUUGAUUUUAACUGGAUUAACUCAAAUCGUGUUUUGCAGAAUCAAUAACAAUUUAGUAAACCUAAAAGAAACUAUAACUAUAACUAGGAAUUUGACUAGGUUUCUUGAAGUAUUACGACAUAUUCUUCCAUUGAGAGUUUUAUAACAAUGAAUGAACAACCAACAGUGGCAUAAAUACUUCAAAUCUAAUUAAACACAAAUGUUAUCAUUACAUACCUCAUCAGGUGUUAUAGUUAUUAAAGAACAGUUUACAUUUCUGAAUGGUAUUUAAAAAAAUGAACACAUUGAUCUGUUGAGUGACAAUAUAAAUAAAAAUCCAUAGAAUAUGCACAUGCACACGCACACACACAGUGACAUGAACACAGCCAUGUUCAGAUAAAGCC